UAAGUCUGACGACAUGUGUGCACGCAGCCGGGGGCGUCAAACCCUUGAGCAAAACCGCACAAGGUCAGUGGCACGUGUGCGCGCGCACAGCUGCUGUCAUCUGACCGCGGGGCAGCAGUCCGUUACGAAAAGGCACGUUUCUGGAAGCAACGAAGGGCAGAUCCCGUUCUUUAGUCCAGGUCGUCACUAAAGCUUGCAUUGACCUCCGAGAUGGCCCGAGGAAGCCGCAGCCACCACUCCGCGCCAGCCAGCCCGGCUAUUUCCCAUGCGCCAGCCCCCGCUCAUCCACCUCCUGCUGCGAUGGCCCCGGCUCCAGCUCAGUCCCAGGGUCCGGGCCUCAUGGCCCAGAUGGCGACCACAGCUGCUGGAGUGGCGGCGGGCUCGGUUGCGGGCCACCUCCUUGUCGGCGCCCUUUCGGGAUCCAGCGGUGGAAGCAGCAACGCCGAGCCGGCCAAGCCUACAUACCAGGAGCCCCCCCGGUCUGCCCCAGGCCAGCCAGGCCCAUGUCACUACGAGGUCAAACAGUUCCUUGACUGCGCCACCAACCAGACGGACCUGAGUUUGUGCGAGGGCUUCAACGAGGCGCUCAAGCAGUGCAAGUUCUCCCGGGGUGUGACAUCACUGGUGUGAAAAAUGUUCAUCAGAGGUCGUGACGGACAUUAAUAUUUACUGUAAAGAUGGCCACAUCACACAUAAAUGUGAACGUGUACCACAGGCGGCGAGCAUGUUGGUUUAGUUGAUUGACAGUGUAAUGUUUGCCAUGUUCUUGGCGUGUACAGUAAUUAAACAUUUAAUAAACGGCUGCUAUACUCAU